AUGGCAGCGAGCCCACCAGCAUCACCCCUUCUCACUCCACCACUGCCUCAGCAGUCACCAAGUUUGUCCGUCGGUGCUCCGAUGGCUGAUGGCCGAGCAGCGCCGCCUCGGCAGCCUCCAUAUUUGUUUGCUGAGGAUCCGAUGGCAGCGAGUCCACUAGCACCACCACUGCAUCAGCGGCUGCCAAAUUUGUUUUUAGUAGCUCUGAUCGCACGUGGCCAACCACCGCUAUCUCCCCCCGUUCCACCACUGCCUCAGCAGUCUCCAAGUUUGCCCGUUGAACUACCUCUCCUCACCCCACCGCGGCCUGAGGAGCUGCCAAGUUUGUAUGUUGAGGCUUCGACAGCAGGGAGCCCACCAGCACUACCUCUCCAAACUCCACGGCCUGAGCAGCCACCAAAUUUGUCUGUCGAUGCUCCGUUGGCUGCUGCCCGACUAGCACUACCUCUCCAAACUCCACUGCCUGAGCAGCCACCAAAUUUGUCUGUCGAUGCUCCGUUGGCUGCUGCCCGACUAGCACCACCUCUCCUCACUCCACCACUGCCUGAGCAGCCACCAAGUUUGUCUGUCAAUGUUCCCAUGGUAGCUAGCCGACCGGCACCGACUUCCCCCGUUCCAGCACUGCCUGAGCAGCCACCAAGUUUGUCUUUGGAAGCUCCGAUGCUUGCUGAAGAACCAACAGCACCUCGUCCUAGUCGUGGCAAUAGAUGGUAA